ACAUUAAACGCUAAAUUAACAAGGACCACAUCAUGAUCGACCUUGACAAAAUGCAGUGGUAACAGCAGACGUAAACUAGUCUUUGAGGGUCAAAAAAGUUCAGGGACACUAACACACGAUGGACGGUUCUCUGUCUAAAGUCGAUGUACCAGAAAUCCAACAUCUCUUAGAUUUAGAUCCAUAUCUCAGAUUGCACGAAGGAGAAAUAAGAAGAAGAUAUGGAUGUUUCCAAGAUGUAAUUAGACAUAUUGAUAGUACAGAAGGUGGCAUAGAGAAGUUUAGUCGAGGAUAUGAAUCUUUUGGUCUACACAGAACACCAGACAAUGGGAUUUGUAUGAAGGAAUGGGCACCGGGAGCAGAAGGAUUGUAUCUUAGGGGAGAAUUCAACAACUGGAACCAAACACAGUAUCCAUUUACCAGACUAGAAUUUGGCAAAUGGGAAAUAAAAAUUCCUCCAAAUCAAGAUGGUUCUUGUCCUAUCCCUCACAACAGUAAAGUAAAGUUAGUUGUAAAAACCAAAUCUGGUGAAUUAGUAGACAGAAUAUGUCCAUGGUCAAAAGUAGUAAAAAGACCAAAAGAUGUGCCUAUUUUUGAACAAAUUAACUGGGAUCCUCCCAAGGAACAGCUAUAUCAGUUUAAACAUAGACGACCAGAUAAACCAUCAUCAUUACGUAUAUAUGAAUCACAUGUCGGGAUAAGUUCACAUGAGGGAAAAGUUAAUAGCUAUAAAGAAUUCACAAGGGAUCUUCUACCUCGAAUACAUGAUUUAGGUUAUAAUUCAAUACAGUUAAUGGCCAUUAUGGAACAUGCAUAUUAUGCUAGUUUUGGUUAUCAAGUAACAAGUUUUUUUGCUGCCUCUAGUCGAUAUGGAACCCCAGAAGAAUUAAAAGAAUUAAUAGAUACAGCCCACUCCCUAGGUAUUGUAGUAUUAUUAGAUGUUGUACACAGUCAUGCCUCCAAGAAUGUUGUAGAUGGAUUGAAUGAGUUUGACGGAACCCAAUCUUGCUACUUCCAUGAUGGUGGACGAGGCACACAUGAUUUAUGGGAUUCACGUCUUUUCAAUUAUACUGAGCAUGAAGUUUUACGCUUUCUUUUGUCCAACUUGCGAUGGUGGGUUGAAGAAUACCAAUUUGAUGGAUUUAGAUUUGAUGGUGUGACAUCUAUGUUGUAUCAUACUCAUGGCAUGGGUCAUGGUUUCAGUGGAGACUACAAUGAAUACUUUGGCUUGAACACAGACACAGAUGCACUAGUCUACCUAAUGGUGUCAAACUAUAUGUUACAUCAGCUGUACCCUAGUAUGAUAACUGUAGCAGAGGAAGUUUCUGGUAUGCCAGCCUUAUGUCGCCCUGUCGGAGAGGGAGGAGGAGGAUUUGACUAUAGAUUAGCCAUGGCUAUUCCUGAUAUGUGGAUAAAGUAUUUGAAAGAAUUUAGUGAUGAUGACUGGGAUCUAGAAAAACUGGUUCAUACAUUAAUCAAUAGACGAUAUAGUGAAAAGUGCAUUGCUUAUGCUGAGAGCCACGAUCAAGCCUUGGUUGGUGACAAAAGCUUAGCAUUCUGGUUAAUGGACAAAGAAAUGUACACAUCUAUGGCAGUAUUGUCUCCCCCUAAUCUGGUGAUAGACAGAGGAUUAGCACUACAUAAAAUGAUACGCCUGAUUACAAUGGGUUUAGGUGGAGAGGGAUAUCUAACUUUCAUGGGAAAUGAAUUUGGACAUCCAGAAUGGUUGGAUUUUCCCAGGAUAGGAAAUAAUGAGAGUUACCAUUACUGCAGACGACAGUAUCAUUUAGCAAACGAUCCAAACUUGAAAUAUAAAUACUUGAAUCAAUUUGACAAAGCAAUGAUGCACCUAGAGAAAAAGUAUAAUUUUCUGAGUCAUGGUCAGAAUUAUAUUAGCAGAAAACAUCAGGGUGAUAAACUAGUGGUAUUUGAGAGAGCUGACAAAUUGGUGUUUGUAUUUAACUUCCAUCCAAAUAACAGUUAUACAGAUUAUAAAAUAGGAGUCAACAUUCCUGGAAAAUACAAAUUAGUACUAGAUUCUGAUGCUGAAGAGUUUGGUGGACACAAAAGAUUAAAUCAUGAUACAGAUUUCUUUACAGCUAAUGAUCCAUGGGACAAUAGGAGAUGUAGUUUAAUGGUAUACAUUCCUUGUCGAACAGCGUUUGUGUUGGCCAAAGUUGAUUGAGGAAAUGUUGGUGCUCAAUUUGAACCUGCCAUGAAAUAUCCAAAUAUCAAAGAGUUAUCCUUGUUUUGCUAGUCAAAACAGCUAUUCACCAAAUAGGCUAUAUAUGUUUUAUGCAUUAUAAUCAUGAUAUAUGUUAUUUUUUGUAUUGAGGUACACAAAUAAAAAAAGAACCUGUGAUUUGUCAGCAUUUUGAAGUAUUUAUAAUUCUAAGUCAUAUUUGUUUUAUAUUCAAAUUGUUGCUGAUCUAAGCUCAUUUUUAAAGCUUGGCUGUGAAAAUCAUGUAAUUAAAUCUGAGGUUGGUCAUUCAACAAUGUAUUGGAUUUAGUUAUAAACACUGUGUUGAGCUUUAUGCAUAAUCAUUAUAUCAAAAGUGCCAUAUAUAUUUCCAUGUAUAUCUUUUGUGUCUUACUCGUUUAUACAAAACCAAUGUAGAAGACAGUAUAGGUCAUAUGUUUUUUGGUCUUUUAUAUUUUAAAUAAAAUAUUCUUACCAUAAUUGACCAUGUUAUUGCUAUCAAAAAUGAAAGAACAAUUUUUUUAUGACUUUGGUCUGAAAUCCAAGGAACUAAUAAAUAAUCGAUGUUAGACAAUCCUAAUACUCUACUAUUUAACAUGGUUUGUAUACCAAUAUAAUCAUGUAUUUUUGUUGGGAAAUUGCUUUUAAGUUUAUAUAUUUAUCCAUAAUAAUCUUAAAUGCUUUAAGUCAUUUUCAUUAAGAAAUGUUAUGUUGAUCAGGGAAACAUACUUUUAUUUAAAAAAUACAUUUUAAGGAUGUUUGCUUGUCAUGUUUUGGGAUUUUUGUCAGCUUUUCGAAAUCCUCUGGUUUUAUCCAUUUGAUUGCCUUAAAAAAUUUGCCCAUGGACGCCCAUUUUCUUUUUAUAAAUCUUAUACCUGUAUAAUUAUAAGCCAUUUGUAAAAGUCUUUAUAAAAAAAAAUGUUUUUGUUUUUUUUGUAGUAUUUGAGAACUUUAACUGGUCAAUGAUAAAGCUAUGACAAAUCAAGAGGGAACAUUUUCCCUCCAAAAUUUCAAUGGCUAAUAUCUCAAAAGCAAGCACAAUAAACCCCAAUUUUUUUUGCUUUUUUGCUGCCUCAAUCCCUUAUCAAUAUAUACCAGUUUUAUGGAAUGUUAUUUAUUUUGAAACUGAGCAGCAAACAUCAUUAACUAGAUUAUAAAAACAUAUUUUUUUGUAAGAUGGGUGUUUUCCAGAGUAUGCAAGAUUUAUGCAGGCUGUGUUACAUUGCUGUGAAUGAUUUAAUAGAAUGAUUUACAGCAUUGUUGGAAGUUUUUGAAACUGCACAUUUAUCUAGAUAAAAUACAUUGAUAAAAUGUGUUUCCUUGAUUGAACUUUUACAUCAAUUAACAAUAACAGUGAGGCUUCCUAAUUUUAUCAUCAAACUUGAUUUUAUACGUAAUCAUGUUAACAACUAUUUAGAUAUUUUAUUAAUUAUGAAAAAUCCAUGCACACAUCUCAUAUUGAUUUCAGAAACAUUCACAAAUAGUAUAACUUUAAGGGGCAUUACUCAUUGAUUUAUUUAAUACAAAACUCUAUAGAAUUUGUUCCACUGUUAGUGUCAUUGUUCUAUAUUAAAUUGAUAUCCAUCUCCUGAUCAUUUAUCUCUUAAAAAUAGUAUUUUUUAAUACUAAAAGAUAAAGAUAUUUUAAAAAAAAUACAUCUUAUCUACCUCAUUAAAUAGCUUAUUUAGAUAAAUCUUAAUAUAUCUUAAUUUCAAGAACAAAUUGCAACUAAUAAAACUCUUGAACAAGUUAGAUUACAAUUUGUUAAAACAUUAAAAGUUUUGGUUGUAGCAAUUAUGUCAAAAAGUUGUGUUCACAUACUUAGACAUAUAAUCACAAAUAUAUGAAUACACUAUCAUUAUUAACUGAAUAGCAUCUUUGUUACAUUAGAUUAAAAAGCAUUGAUCAUAAAAUGAAAAAUGUAAAUGAUAUUAGAUAUUUUUGGUAUAAAUUGUGUUUCACUCAUAUUGUAACAUAUUUGUGUUGUUAUAUUUCAUGUAAUGAAAGUAUGUUGUUGUGUGUGAUAGGAAGGUUUUAUAUGCUGUCGCUACAUGUAAUAUGGUCUAAGUUUAAUUUUGUUACCGUUUUUGAGUUAGAAAUGAUUUUCUUAUUUUGUUAAAAAGAAUUUUGUGCAAUUUCCCGAUUUGGUUUUUGAAAACAAGAUCAAUAAAAAAAAAUAGAGAAAAAUGAAAUAACAUGCUUUUUUCUGAAAAUCAUUUGGAAUGAACUAAUUUGCAUGAAUUGUUACAAGUUUUUAGUGCCUCACAGGAUCUCUCUAUUUAUCUAUAAAAAACAAUGAAAGCUUUAACUUAAAUUAGUCAAACACUUUAGAUCUAUAGAAAUGUAAUGCCUUUCACAAUGUCAGUAAUAGUCAUUGACUGUUAUUAGUUCAACAUAUAAUACUGGAGAAAUAGGCUGUGAUCUUUCUGCAAAAAGUUUUCCAAAUUAGUUAUGCUUGUUAUUCAUUGUUUGAAGUGUUUUAUAAAAACCUUGUUACACUGUACAUGUAAUUGUAGUACAUGUGCUAAUGCUAUUAUUGUGACUAUUGUACUUGUUACAUACUAAAUAUUGAAUAAAAUAUCCUAAAAAAUAA